AUGGCAGACACUUUUAAAAUUCCAUCAGUUCCAUUGGAAGAAUCAAAAUCAGAUGAUAGUACAACUUCAUCAACUGUCGACAAUCAAGAAAUUUCACAUGCACCAUUUAUCAAACCAGAAUUACCACCUGCAAAUUUUUCAACACCAACUCGUCAUAAAAAUUUGCAAUAUACUAUACCUGAAUCAUCGGCUAUUCCACCAAUAGAAUAUGCACUUGAAGUAUUACGUAAUGGUUCUAUUAUUGAUUAUAUAUCACUUUCUCAUCGUCCAUAUACAGUUUUUGGUCGUUCACCUGAUAGUGAUGUUGUACUUGAACAUCCAACUAUUUCACGUUAUCAUGCUAUUAUACAAUAUAAAUCAGAAUUUGAACAUGGUCAACCAGCUGGUCUCUAUUUAUAUGAUUGUGCUAGUACUCAUGGUACAUUUAUUAAUAAAAAACAUCUUGAACCAAAAGUUUAUGUACGAAUUAAAAUUGGUUAUAUUAUUAAAUUUGGACAAUCGGCAAGACUGUAUGUUGUUCAAGGUGAUACAUCAGCUGAAGCCGCAAGUAUUGAUAAUUCUACUGGUGAUGAUUUAACACAUGAACAAAUGAAACAAUUUCAUGCUAAACGAGCUAAAAUGCUUGCUUCUGUACGUGCUAAACGAGAAAGUGCAGCUAAUGAAGCCAAUAGUGAUAAUGUUGAAAUGGAUUGGGGUAUGGGAUUAGAAACCGAUGAAUCAGCUGCUGCUGCUGCUAUGACAAGCGUUUCUCAAGAAUCAACUCAAGAAGCAGAUAUUAUUCGAAACGAUGAAGAAAAUAAAAAACGAGCAGCUGUUGAAGAUCUUAAAAAUCGUCUUGAAUAUCAACAAGCUAGAAAUGAUAAAGCUAUACUCAAAGAAAUUAUGUCACAUGUUGAUGAACCUUCACCUAAUGAUGAUGAUACUAAUACAAAAAAAGAACCAUUUUAUCUUAAAGAUCCAAAACGUGCAUUAACAGCAUUUUUUGAACGUGAAGGUGCUGAACUUACUUAUGAUGUUGAAGAUCAUCAAUUUGGUGCAUAUCGUUGUACAAUUAAAUUACCUAUUGUUGAUGAAUAUGGUCGUGUUAUACAAGCUGAAUGUGAACAAAAACAUUGUAAACGUAAAGAAAUUAUUCAUGAAUGUAUUCUUGAAGCUUGUCGUAUACUUGAUGAACAUGGUGUUUUACGUGAAGGUACAUCAGCAUCAUCAUUAAAUACACCACGUGUACAACAAAUAAAACGACAAUUACUUGAAGAAAAUGAUUUUUAUGAAGAAGAUGAAGAUACAUUUUAUGAUCGUACAGGUGAUUUAGAAAAAAAACGUCUUAAACGUAUGGAAUGGUCUGGUCAUUUAAAUAAUGAAAAACAAAUUGAAACAUUUGAUUCACUUUGUUUAAAAUUAACAAAUCUUUAUAAAGAACAAAUUGAUCUUGAAUAUAAAUUAGAAACAGCUAAACAAAUGGAAGAUAAUGCAGCAAAAAAUUCAACUAAUAUUGAAAAAGAUAUUGAUGAAAUUGAUUUAUAUAUACGUCAAUUAAAACAAGGUGAAAAAUUAAAUAUGAAAACGAAAUGGCAAUGGAAAAAGCGUUUAUUAGAAAUUGAAAAUGAAGAAAGACAAUAUGCAAAAUUACUUAAAGUAUGUAAACCUAAAGAAUUUAAUAUUCAAACAUGGAAACAAAAAAUACGUGAAGAAAUUAAACAAAAUUUAACUACUAAACCAAUGCCUGUUCCAUCAUCACAAUUACCUCAUCUUCCAAAACCAAUAAUCGAAACAAAACCUUCAAUUCAAACAGAACAAAUGCCACCUCCACCACCACCACCAUCUGUAUCAUCGGAAACGAAACAUGUUCAACCUGUAUCAGAAAAAAUUACUGACGUUGAUCCUACUCCUGCAAAACAAACAACAAAACGUCGAAAACCCGAAUAUCCGACUGUUAAUUCUAAAGAUCAAUAUGAUGAUAGUGAUCAUUAUUCCGAAGAUAAAUUUGCUAAAUGGAUGCCACCUGAAAGUGAACAAACAGGUGAUGGAAGAACAGCACUAAAUGAUAAAUAUGGUUAUUAG